AUGGAUUACGAGGGUAUGGAAGAAUGGAAGGCUGUUAUCAUACUCGAAGAUGCUCUGGCAAUCUUUGCCGUGAACCGCGAUCAUGGCCUCAAGUCCAUGGACUCAAUAUCCACGAUCAUCUCUGCUCUUCAUAUGCGUCGCAAUAUCCUUGGUAUGCGCUCAGUCCACUACACUCCCUUCACUUCAUCCCCGGUUCGUGGACGAUGCAAAGGCCAGACAGAGUACAACAAGGCCAGCUAUCCGGUGAUUGUUUCAUGA